AUGUUAAAUGUUACUGCGGGGCCGCUCCAUUUUCUCACCUACAGUCAUUCUGAUAAUCUCCUGCAGCCCCUCUGGGACCAUCUGCUUUUGCACUACCGGCCUUACAUCUCAUCUCCUUUAUUCCUGGUUCUGCUUGCCUUUUCCAGCUAUGUCUUCUUCAGUGUGCCUUUUGCAGUCAUGGACCUGCUGGGAGAUAGGGUGCCGUUGUUUUACAAGUACAAGAUCCAGCCGGGAAGAAGACCAACAGUUGGAAUGAUGGUAAGGAGCUUCCGGACCGCUCUUUUUAAUCACAUUUUCUUUGUGCUGCCAAGUGUGGUGGUGAGCAUGUUCAUCUUACCUCUGCCGGUGAUGCCUCAAGAAGCGCCAUCACUUCGUGAGGUCUUCAUUGACGGCCUGGCUCUUCUUCUAGUUUUUGACACCCAGUACUACAUCUGGCAUGUCAUACACCACAAACAUGUGCAGCUGUACCGCUGCAUCCAUGCCAUACACCACGAAUAUGUCGCUCCCUUCUCAUGGUCCACUGAGCAGCUCAGCAUUCCGGAACUGAUGACUGUGGGAUUCUGGAGCAACCAGGAUCCAAUUCUGCUCAAGUGUCACCCGCUGACUACAUGGUGCGUCACCGUGCUUAGUAUUGGGAUGUCUGUGGAGGACCACAUUGGCUAUGACCUCCCGUGGGGCCUCAAUCGCCUGGUGCCUUUCGGCCUUUUGGGAGGAGCGCCUGCUCAUGACAUGCACCAUCAGAAACCAAACAGCAACUACGCUCCCUUUUUUAGUCACUGGGACAGAAUCUUUGGGACAGCUGUACCACUCAAGAGGGAAAAAAACAUUGACAGGCAAUAA